CAGGAAGAGGCGCCAGGGACUGGGGGUGGGCUCCCGAACCCGGAAGCGAGGGAACCCACGUGGGAGCUUGGGAGGGGACGGUCGUAGCUCUCUAGUCCAGUUGUGGGGAAUGCGGCCUGUUUCUUCCUGUCCGAGAGAGCUCGGCGGAGGCAGUUGUCGAGUACCCUUCACCCCUGUGUUGGGAGCCUGGGAGCGAACUGCGGCGUGGGUUACCGUUCCCGGGGACGCAGCAGGGGGCUGCAGUCCCCUGGCGGGAGCUGCGCCAUGGCACUGCUCUCGACCAUCCGGGGCGCGACCUGGGGUCGCCUCGUCACCCGUCAUUUCUCCCAUGCAGCGCGGCGUGGGGAGCGGCCUGGUGGGGAGGAGCUAAGCCGCUUGCUGCUGGAUGACCUGGUGCCGACCUCGCGGCUGGAGCUUCUGUUUGGCCUGUCCCCGUGUCUCCUGGCUCUGCGGGCCGCCCGCCGCUCCGUGGCCCGGCUCCUGCUCCAGGCGGGUAAAGCUGGGCUGCAGGGGGAGCGGGCCGAGCUGCUCCGGAUGGCCGAGGCGCGGGACAUUCCAGUUCUACGGCCCAGACGGCAGAAACUGGACACAAUGUGCCGCUACCAGGUCCACCAGGGUGUCUGCAUGGAGGUGAGCCCGCUGCGGCCCCGGCCUUGGAGUGAGGCCGGGGAGGCGAGCCCAGGCGACGACCCCCAGCAGUUGUGGCUCGUCCUCGAAGGGAUCCAGGAUCCCCGGAAUUUUGGGGCUGUGCUGCGUUCCGCACACUUCCUCGGAGUGGAUAAGGUCAUCACCAGCCGGAGAAACAGCUGCCCGCUCACUCCAGUAGUCAGCAAGGCCAGCGCGGGGGCUAUGGAGGUGAUGGACGUGUUCUCCACCGAUGACCUCACUGGAUUUUUACAGACCAAAGCCCAGCAGGGCUGGCUCGUGGCCGGCACAGUGGGCUGCCCAAGGGCAGAGGAUCCCCAGUCCUCCGAGAUCCCCAUCACGAGUUGCUUGGAGUUCCCCUGGGAUCGGCCUACUCUCCUUGUGCUGGGGAAUGAGGGGUCAGGUCUGUCCCAAGAGGUGCAGGCCUCCUGUCAGGUUCUCCUCACCAUCCUGCCCCGGCGCCAGCUGCCUCCUGGACUUGAGUCCUUGAACGUCUCUGUGGCUGCAGGAAUUCUUCUUCACUCCAUUUGCAGCCAGUGGAAGGGUUUCCCCACAGAAGGGGAAAGAAGGCAACUUCUCCAAGACCCGCAAGAACCGGUCUGAAGGACUCAGCGUGGCUCAGCACCCAGGGCUGUCUUCAGGAUCAGAGAAAGAGAGGCAAAAUGAGAGCUGACGUGGACUGUCCACAGUGUUCACAUGCUGGAGUCAGGGACGGCCGCACCUGCCUCCGCCUGCUCCAGUGUGCAGGAGCCUCUGCCUGAGUGUGCACCAGGCCCAUGUUUAUUGACCACGGUCUCGUGGGGGAAGGGGACUGCGGUGGAGACCAGAGGAAGCUGUUUCCUGUUGUGAUGUUGGACCUGUAGUAGGACAUGGUAGUUUGUUAAUUUCCAUGGGAAGCCAUGAUGGCCUAGCAUGGAGAGACUCUCCUCCCAGGCCCUGUCUGGAAGUUGAGGGGAAGUCUAGACAUCUGCAGGGAGGCAGGCAGCCCAGCCCAGGGGACCCGUUCCUCUUGAACCAGUCAUUGCCUGUGGCAAAUGUGUGUGUGAGAAUGUAGGGUGUGGAGGGCAGGACCCUGACGUGGGGUAGACAGUGCACACGUCAGGCCCACACACGGCCCCACCCUGGGGCCUUGAGCACAGGUCUCAUCUUUCUGUGCCUCUGGACUGUGCACCUACCUCACGGGGUUGUUGUGAGGCUCGAAUAAAACAUCACUCAGCACCUGGGAGAUUCUGGCCAAUUCCUCCUUUAGGUGGCAGCCUCGCUCUUCAGUCCAGUCUUUAGUCAGCUUCCACAGCCUCCUUGUGGGGAGACUCCUGGCUGCAGCCCCGUGAGAGGCGAGGGGAAAUUAGCAAACACCUCUCACCCGACGGGGCCCCCCAUGGGUGACUGAGUCGGUUCCCCUCCAGGGGAGGAACUGGGAGCAGGCUUGCCGUUGAUUGUACAACCGAGACAGAUUUGGCACUCCUGCCCUCGGGUCCCAUGAAAGCAGCAGGAGCCAGCAGUGUGAGGAACAUAGAAGUGUUUCAGUCCUGAUGGCACAUUGGAACCACCUGGCAUGCUUUACAAAAACCCAACACUGACACCAGAGAGUCUGACAUGAUGGGCGUGCCGCCACCUGACAUCGGCUUUCGAAAGCGCCACCAUUGGUCUAACGUGCAGCCAAGGCUGAGAACCACUAGGGCAGGUGGUCUCAACUUGCACACCCUUGGCAUUUUGGGCCAGGUAAGUUUUUGUUGUGAGAGCCAUCCUGUGCACAGUAGGAUGUUUAGCAGAAUCCCCCACCUAUACCCACUAGAUGCCUGUAGCAUGACCCCCCAUUGUGAAACCAGAAAUGUCUCCAGACAUUGCCAAAUGGCUUCUGAGAGACAAAAAUCUCCCCUCCUGGAGCGUGGCUUUGGAGGAUAGCAACCCCGAAAUUGCAGUCCUGACUGCUAUAUGACCUUGGGCGGGCUCCUUACCCAUCUGGGCCUCAGUGCCCUUCUGGGCGAAAGGGGAAUAAUCCUACCCUCCUGGAUUGUUGGGAGAAUAUGGAGGGCAAUAGGAACUCAGUGCCUCAUAUAUAUGAGGUGCUCAAUAAAUCGUACUCCCCUUUUCUCUGGAA